AUGUCUCGCCGCUUGAACUCCAUACGGCGCAGUGGCGGGCAGGAGCAGCAGCAGCCGGAGGAGCAGCCAGGGCCGUUGCACGGCCGGGUCGAGGAAGACGGGACUCUCGAACCGAUGGAUGGAUUCUCUGAAUACGAGAUAGAGCGGCGGCGCACGAUGGAGCGGAACCACCGCAGGCUGCAAGAACUCGGCCUGGUGGGGAGAGAAAAGGUUGUAAUGGCAGGACCCGUCGUGAAGCCACCAAGGAGGGGCUCGAGAGCAGUGUUGGCGUCAGGAGCAGCUGCAGCAACUGUUGGUGUGCGAAAGUCCUUGCGUACGCGAAAUAAACCUGCCCCCGUCUACACGGAACAUGCCGUCGGUUUCGACGAUGAACGCGAUCGUGAACAAAAGCGACGGAGGCUUUCGCCCGUAAACGAACAGCAGGGGUGGGAACAGGCCUCGCUGUCUAUUCCGACUGCCGUUCCUCCUACGCCCGCCCGUCGAAGUACCUCACAGGCUUUGCCUCCGAAUAGCAGCAGGAAUCUGGAGUGCAAUAUCCCGAUGCUAAUGGAGCGGUACCUCGGUAGACAAUUCCUUUCUUUCGGCAAAGCCCCUGUCAUGGAGCUGUCUACCAAGACGUGCCCUCCGAAAUUCAGCAGAAUGUCCGGCGUAACGGAGUGGAAAAACGCCGUGUUUCUCUGGGUGAACGUGGACGGGGGAACAGGCUACACGAACCUCUUCGAAGAGGAUAAGUUGCCGGAGGCGGCAGACGAUGCCGAGAGCACAAAGAACGGCGGUGACAUCGCCGAUAAGAGCCGGCGAGAAGUGCCGGUGACGGGCAGCAAGAAACCGGUGAUUGGAGGGGUUGCCGACAACCAAUUACAGCGCGAUCAGAAGGCCACGGCCACUGUUGGCGCUGCAACCGCUGCAGCCUGUCGGCGCCCCACAUCGCCGCGAUCGGUGAAAGCACCGUCCAUACGAGGGGGUAGCGGCAUCAUGGCUGGAAAUGAUGACACCGCUGCUAUCGGCAAUUUUGCUGGUGAUGGCGGGCGUGAUGGUGCGGCCUGGGGUGACGGCGGUGGUGCCACUUGCGACCGUUCCACGGGGCUCAGGAUGACGUGGUUCGCUGGAGGGCGCAUGACAGCAGAGUCGGCCCUCAUCCAAAGAUUGCUGGCCGGAAGAGACCCACCGGAGACUGAGGAUCAGCCGAGCGAGGCAGUCGACGCUGACGCUAGUUCUGAAACGACGAUGUCGACGAGCGCACCAGCAGCAUGUGGUCGAGAUUUGGAGCAAAAUCGACACGAUUCUGGAUCAGCAGUAGCAAUGCCAGUCACGACGACGACGACAAGCGAAGCAGCGGGCGAAAUGAACAGCGGUACUGCGCACGCACCGUGUCCAAAACCACAAGCCGACGUCGAAGGCCUCGAAGCGAAAUCAGCUGAAACCACCGCUGCAGUGGCCGAACAUGGUGCCCUCCAUGGGCCGAUCUUGCGGGCUUCGGCAUCUCCCGGUGAUGGUGUGGAAGGCGAUGGCGGGAAAAGUGGCGACGUGGUGCUCUUAUUCUGCCGGCUCCCGAACGAGCCGUACGUGUUCUGCGGACGGCUGGGAUAUUCGAAGCACUGGGCCGGUGAGCGGCCAGUUCGGUUCGUUUGGCGGCUGAUAGACGCCGCGGGGUUGACGAAGCGGCCUGACUUCAAAGCCAUUUUGGAGGCGGCAGGCAUUGGAAGUGCCGACCCGUCGUAG